AACAAGCAUCCUUUUUACAAAUAAAUUAAAAAUGAUAUUACCAAAAUUUGUAAUCACUUCCCUUGUUAGACAUAAUUAUGCACCAAUUUUUCGUAAACAUAUUUCCACUACAACCUCAUGCUCUAUUAAAGAAAUUUUGGAAAAUAAGGAAGGUGAGCAAUUGAUUGUUCAGGGUGUUUACAAAGAUUCUCCCAGAGCUCGUGAUCUGUUGGAUGAAGCAAAAAAAGCAAAUUUUUGCCCAGAAUGUACAUUAGGUUUGGAGAUUAAACAUACAGAUGUUUUAAUUUUAAGCCAGUACGUUCGUAAUGACGGAUGUAUGCUGCCAAGAAGAGUGACAGGAUUGUGUAAAAGACAACAGCGUAAAAUUGGAUCUUUAGUAACUAUGGCUCAAAAAGCUGGUCUUAUGCCUAAUUUAAAUCCAGUUAAUAGCCACAAGAAUCCCAAAAAACGAUUUGGUUGGAAGAAAUAUAAUAAAUAUUACAAUGAAUUUACAAUUAAAUAUUGAAAUUGAGCAAUAAAAUUAAUUUUUAUGUCAAUAAUAAUAAUAAUGUUAGUUUCUCGUAAUUAUAAAUGGAAAUUAAUUUUGCAUAUUCAAUAAAUUUAGGUGAAAUUUUUUAUUAAAUUUUCACGAAUUUUUUAGGCAUAUAC